AUGCUAACUUGGGAGAACCCAGUUUGGCUUGCAAGUAACACCGCCUUGACGAAAAAGCUAGCCUUCAUUACAUUACUCAUCAUCGUCUUAUGUCCGGUCACAAGGGUCCUGUCUCAGCAGCAGGCCGAGGUUGUGCCAGGUUCAGACGCAGAUUGCCUCUUAAGAUUCAAAGACACUUUAGCAAAUGCCUCUGUCAUUAACAGUUGGGAUCCUUCAAUAGCGCCUUGUAAGAGAAACUCAGGGAAUUGGUUCGGUGUUCUCUGUUUCACUGGCAAUGUUUGGGGUCUACAGCUCGAAGGAAUGGGCUUAACCGGGAAUCUUGACCUUGAACCGUUGGCUCCAAUCAAGAAUCUAAGAACCUUGAGCUUCAUGAACAACAAUUUCAAUGGUGCAAUGCCAUCUGUCAAGAACCUAGGCUCGUUGAAGUCAUUGUACUUGUCUAAUAACCGGUUUUCAGGGGAGAUACCUGCGGAUGCGUUUGAUGGUAUGCAUCAUUUGAAGAAGCUUCUCUUGGCGAAUAAUGCGUUUCGAGGCAAGAUUCCUUCUUCUUUAGCUUCUUUGCCAAUGCUUAUAGAGGUGAGGCUAAAUGGGAAUCAGUUUCAAGGAGAAAUACCUGAUUUUAAACAGAGAGAUCUUAAGUUGGCUAGCUUCGAGAACAACGACCUCGAGGGACCUAUUCCUGAAAGCCUUCGCAGCAUGGAUCCUGGCUCCUUUGCAGGGAACAAGGACUUGUGUGAUCCUCCAUUAAGCUCAUGUUCAGUGGAUUCAGAGCCUUUUCCAGAUCCCCCUCCUAGUCCCACGGAGAAGAACAAUUACCAAUCUCUCUUCACGAUUGCAAUUGUUUUGAUUGUCAUUGGGAUACUACUAAUGAUCAUAGCGCUUGUGAUUUGUGUCCUUCAUACAAGAAGACGGAAGUCCUUGUCGGCUUAUCCAUCUGCAGGACAAGACAGAACAGAGAAAUACAAUUACAACCAAACCGCAGACAUUGAGAAAGCCCCGGACUCUGUUACGAGUUACACUAGUAGGAGAGGAGCAGUACCGGAUCAUGGGAAACUCCUGUUUCUGCAAGAUGACAUUCAAAGAUUCGACCUUCAAGAUCUUCUAAGAGCUUCUGCUGAAGUUCUUGGAAGCGGAAGCUUUGGCGCAUCUUAUAAAGCUGGGAUAAAUAGUGGACAGACGCUAGUCGUGAAGAGGUAUAAGCAUAUGAACAAUGUUGGAAGAGAGGAGUUUCAUGAGCAUAUGAGACGGUUAGGGAGAUUGACCCAUCCGAAUCUGUUGCCUCUUGUGGCUUACUAUUAUCGUAGAGACGAGAAGCUUUUGAUCGCUGAGUUCAUGCCAAAUCGUAGCUUGGCAAGCCAUCUUCACGCGAAUCAUUCUGUGGAUAAACCUGGAUUGGAUUGGCCAACAAGGCUAAAGAUUAUACAAGGAGUGGCUAAGGGUUUAGGUUACUUGUUCAAUGAGCUACCAACACUCACGAUCCCUCACGGUCAUCUCAAGUCAUCGAAUGUUGUACUUGACGAAUCAUUCGAGCCUCGCUUAACGGACUACGCGCUAAGACCGGUGAUGAACUCAGAGAUCUCUCAUAACCUAAUGAUCGCUUAUAAGUCGCCAGAGUAUAGCUUAAAGGGACAUAUAACGAAGAAGACUGAUGUUUGGUGCCUUGGGGUUUUGAUCUUGGAGCUUUUAACGGGUAGGUUUCCGGAGAAUUAUCUGAGGCAAGGGUAUGAUGCUAACAUGAGCCUUGUGACUUGGGUGAGUAACAUGGUUAAGGAGAAGAAAACGGGUGACGUGUUUGACAAGGAAAUGACGGGGAAGAAGAACUGUAAAGCAGAGAUGCUAGGUCUGUUGAAAAUUGGGUUGAGUUGUUGCGAAGAAGAUGAAGAAAUGAGGAUGGAGAUGAGAGAUGCUGUGGAGAAGAUAGAGAGGUUAAGAGAAGGGCAAGAGUUUGAUAAUGAUUUCUCAGCUUUGACGCACAAUGUCUUUGCUUCUCGGCUAAUAGACGACGACGACUUUGGUUUCGCGAUGAAUCGAUGAUGACUUGAAAAACAAAUUUGUAAUCUUGAUGCAAGAAAGAGAUUAAUCUUCGUCGGCAAAGCUUCAACGAGAAAGAAAGUUUUGGGUUUUUUGCUUUUUU